AGAGUCAAAUUUGGGAGUUCUGAAGGCGGGAAAAUCACCAGAAACCCUUCCGGCAGUGAGCGAAAUGGAAAGGAUACAUGUUUCGGUGAGGCCGCGGCCGCUCUCGAUGGAGGAGGCCAAGUCCAGUCCUUGGCGACUUUCGGGGAACACCGUUUACAUUCCCAAUCAGCCGACAAAAUUUGAAUUUGAUAAGAUAUUUGGGGAGGAUUGCAAGACUCGAGAUGUGUACACGGCUCGGACUAAGGACAUUGUUUCAGCUUCUGUUCGUGGUUUCAAUGGGACUGUUUUUGCAUAUGGGCAAACAAGCAGUGGGAAAACACACACCAUGCGAGGAUCGAAUUCUGAACCCGGAAUUAUCCCACUUUCUAUCCAUGAUCUUUUCGACAUUAUACACGAGGAAGUGGAUCGCGAAUUUCUUUUGCGCAUGUCAUAUUUGGAGAUUUAUAAUGAGGAGAUAAAUGACUUGUUAGCCCCCGAGCAUAGAAGAUUGCAGAUUCAUGAAAGUAUUGAGCGAGGAAUCUUUGUAGCUGGGUUAAGAGAAGAAAUAGUGGCAUCUGCUGAUCAAGUUCUUGAACUUAUGAAGUUUGGAGAAGCUCAUCGCCACAUUGGAGAAACAAAUAUGAAUGUCUACAGUAGUAGGUCGCACACAAUAUUCCGCAUGAUUAUUGAGAGCAGGGAGAAAUCUGAUGAUGGAGAGGCAGAUAGCACUUGUGAUGCAGUUCGUGUUUCUGUCUUGAAUUUGGUGGAUCUUGCUGGAUCAGAACGUGCUGCAAAGACUGGAGCUGAAGGUGUACGCCUAAAGGAGGGUUCCCACAUCAAUAAAAGUUUGAUGACCUUAGGAACUGUUAUAAAGAAACUGAGUGAAGGUGCAGAAAGCCAAGGGGGGCAUGUUCCUUAUCGGGAUAGUAAGCUGACUCGUAUACUGCAACCUGCAUUGGGUGGGAAUGCGAACACAGCAAUCAUAUGCAAUAUUACACUUGCACAGGUUCAUGCUGAUGAGACUAAAAGCAGCCUUCAGUUUGCCAGCAGAGCACUGCGUGUCACAAACUGUGCCCAUGUAAAUGAGAUAUUGACUGAUGCUGCUUUGCUAAGACGUCAGAAAAGGGAAAUUGAGGAACUUCGGGCUAAAUUGCAGGGUUCAAAAUCAGAACAUCUUGAGGAAGAAAUUUUGAAUCUCCGAAAUACUUUGCUCAAGAGCGAAUUGGAGAGAGAGAGAAUGGCUUUAGAGCUGGAAGAAGAAAAGAGAGCGCAGGCUGAACGGGAUAAGAUGCUGUUGGAGCAGGCCAAGAAGAUUGAAAACUUGAGUACAAUGGUACUUUGUGCCAAUAGAGAAGAGACACGUGAAUUUCACAAGAAGGAAAAGAGGCGUGAUACUUGGUGCCCUGGAAAUCUUGCAAUGAAAAACGUGAAAGAGCCGCCAUCUGUGGUCAGAGAGAACAUUUCUGAUGUGAAGUAUCAAAGAACAGAUUACAAAAAUAGGCCACUUUUGCCGUUUAGUGAGUUAAUUAAUGAAACAAAUGUCCCCGGGUUCUGUAAACAAGAUGAAGAUUUCAAAACCAGUGCAUCAGAGGAUUGUACACUUCCUGAUUCGCAUGCUCUUCUGCAUGUUACCAACAGGAGAAAAGUUCCUGUCAGAAAAAGAAGUUUACCAAUGGACAGCAAUAACUUGACUGAAAUCCAAGCAGAAUUUGAAAAUUUGCUCUUGGAAUUUGAGACUCAUCGCACAGUGAGUGACAUACAGAUUGAUUACUUAACAAGGAAGCUUGCUGAGGCUGACUGUGUUUUAAACGAGAAAUGCAGAAGGUGCAUUGGACAGAAUAUAAAACCCAUAUCUAAUUCUAAGGGAGACAGGGACACAGAUUCUAUUCUUGUGAUCAAGCAACUUCAAGAAAAGAUUGCUACUUUGGAGAUAGAGAAGACUUCAAGCCAGCAGAACUUAGAUAGUGUAGUUAACUUGGCAACUGACCAGACUAUAUUAGCACAGGCAAAAUGUGACAAGCUUUAUGAGGAACUUGCACUUGCUCGAGAAGAAGCAACUCUAGCUCGUGAUGAACUUGCUUCAUUACAGUCUAGUGUGGUAGAAUUUGAUUGGUUGAACAAGCUGUUUACGGAGACUGAAGAGAUAAAGUUGCAAUUUGAAAAGUCAAAAGUUCUUACAGAAUCCCUUUAUUCAGUUGCGGAUGAACUUCUCCAAUUCCCAUCUUCAAUGCUUAUUCAUGAUCUUAGGGAUUCAUAUUCUCAGAGUUUGUCUCAAGUUGAAUCCAUUGCUGGAAGCCAUGAAAAAAUACAAUCAUGUCUGACACACAAAGUUAAUAAGCUUGAGGAUGAGAAGCGUGUUCUUUACAAUCAAGUUUCAGAGCUUUGCAGUAGGAUAGAAGAAUUAAGUUUAGAAGUUCAAAAUUCUGCAAAUGCAUCCAUGGAACUCAAGGAAAACCAUGAAGCUGAAAAGGCUGAGUUUCAGUGUCAACUUCAAAUGCUCCAAAAGGAAAUUUCAGCCUUAUCAUCAAGUUCCUUAGCAAAAGAAAAGGAAGCUAUUAGAAAGGAAUUCGAGAAAACAAAAUUGAAGCUAAAAGAUACGGAAUCCAAGCUAAAAAAUAUCAUGCAGGAAAAAACAAAGCUUGAGGGUGAGAAGUCAUCCAUAGAGAGAGAACUUAAAAAACUGCAAAGUCAGAAGGCCAUGCUCGAGCGUGAUGUGAACAAACAAGCAUCUAUGAUUAGCAAAAGGCGUGAUUCAACUAUUUACAGAAGUUCAAAUGUGUUUGAUCAGAAACAAAUGAAGUGUUCUCCUGCUCUGGUUGAGUUGGAGGAUGAGUACAAAAAAAUGGAAGUUCUUGCUUUUGACAUGGAGACUACAAUUGCAUCAUUAGAAGACCAAUUGGAAGUUGCCAAUCGGGAUAAGGAUGAAGCUAAUUCAAUAGCUGAAAGAUUGUCUCAGGAGUUGGAGUUGUCAAAUUCAGAGUUAAGCGCAUUAGAGAAGGAAGUUUCAGUUCUAAGAACAAGUUUGGAAGAAUCAACCUCUCGUGCACAGAAAAUGGAAGACUCCCUUAAAUCUUUAUCCGAGGAAAAAGAGGACCUAUCAAUGCAACUCACUGAAGCCCUUAUGACAAUGGAAGAGGAGAAAGCUAUAUGGUCAUCUAAAGAAAAAGCUUCUAUGGAAAUUAUAGGAGAAAAAGAAAAACAUUACAAUGCUGAAAUUGCAUCUCUAUCCACCAAAUUGUCAGCGGCUGGAAGUGAACUACAAAAUUGUAGGCAGAAUAUCAGAAUUCUUGAGGAAAAUUUAAAAAGUUUGGAGGAAAGCGUUGCUGUUGAGAAGCAAUGCAGGUGCUGCAAUGAGAAGGAGCCAGAAGCCAAUCAUGUGAGUGAACAAAGAACUAUCAAUGGCUCAAGCAAUGGAUCCCCUGAGGUUUCAAACCCAAAACUAAAUUAUGAUUGUCAAAAACAUGAAGAAAUUGAAAUGCUACAGUUGGAACUGAGUGUUCUCAGAAAAGAGAGGCAAUCUCUAUUGGCCCAAGUUCAAGAAUUGGAACAAGGACAGAUGCUUUCUGAAGAUGAAUCUGAGGUACAAACACUAAAGCAUGAACUGAAGCAGGUGAGAGAAAUGCUGGCCUGUAUGGAAGAGAAGUUGCGCAAUGAUCAAAUUAACAUCAACAAGGAAAUAGCCAAACUCAGAAUGAGACUCCAUGGAACUCAGACAAAACUGGAUACUUUCCGAGUGAGAUACCAGGACACAGUGGAUGAGUUAGAAUACAUGAACCGGAAAUAUGAGGAGGCUUCAGCUAAACUGAAGAAACAAUUAGCUUCAUAUGGGAUUGAAGUUCUUGAUCUCAAAAAACAACGAGCCUCAUAUGAGAGUCAAGUUCUUGAUCUUACUAAACAACUAGCAGCAUGCCGGUGCACAAGACAAUGACAGUACAUCUCCAUCAUCAUGUAACUCUACAAUUUUCAUCUUUCUCAUACGUACUUUAUGCAAAAUGCUAAUUUUGAAGUAGAACUUCUGAUCAUUCCUGAUGUAGUCUAACCAUUUAUUUAAUACCGCUGAUAAUUAUUAUUAAAUUUAGU